CUCCCCCUUUUCUUCCUAGAAAGGGAGAGGAACUCAUCCUCGAGGAAAUACCAGUUCCCUCCAGCUGUCCUCCGCCGCCGCCUCCGCCUCCGCCCGGCAACCGGGUUUAGUCCAUAACUCGUCCACCCUCCGAACCCCGCCGCCAAUAAUUACCCCUCUUGAUCUCCUCCUCCUCCUCUUCUUCUUCUUUUGCAAUUUGAUGAGCGCUCCUAUGUGCAAGACCAAAAUGGCGGUGGAAGCCACUGAGCCCAGAAGAAGACCACCCCUCUCCUCCUCCACCCCAGGACUCUCCCCCUCCCAGACCCCCAGAUUGGCCCCCGGCCCCUCCGACCCCUCCGCCUCCGCCUCUUCCAGCGGUGGCUACUACACCUCCACCUCCUUCCCCAAGCUCUCCUCCGGCGCCGGCACCGGCACCGGAACCGGCACCUCCUCCCUCUCCAGCAGCACCUCCCUCUCCAGUUUCCGCCACUCCCUCCCGGACAAUCCCGUCAUUUACGACUUCUCCGAGCUCCGCUCUGCCACCAACAACUUCCUCGCCAAGCCCCGCCACUCCUCAUCCUCCUCCUCCUCCUCCUCCUCCUCCUGGCGCUGCUCCGUCCGCGGCAAGGACGUCGUCAUCUUCCAGCGCAAGUUCAGGCGCAAGAUCGACAUGCGCCGCCUCAGGGACCUCCUCGGGAUGAUCUGCCGGAGCCACCUGGUCAGCAUCGCGAAGCUGCUCGGCGCCUCCGUCUCCGGCAACAACAUCUUCUUGGUCUACGAGUUCGUCGACGGCGCGAGCCUCUCCGAUUGCCUGCGGAACCCUAAAAUGCCCAAUUUCACGGUCCUCGGCACCUGGAUGUCGAGGAUGCAGAUCGCCGCCGACGUCGCGCACGGCCUCGAUUACAUCCACAACCACACCGGCCUCAACAUGAUCCUCGUCCACAACCACAUCAAGAGCAGCAGCAUCGUGGUGACGGAGCCGUCGUUCAAAGCCAAGAUCUGCCACUUCGGGACCGCCCAGCUGUGCGGCGAGGCGGACGAGAACGACGUGCUCCGGGAGCGGGCGGUUCCGGCGGAGGGCGGCGAGAUCCGGGAGGAGGGGGCCGGCGAGGGGCCGUCGGGUUCGCCGCUGAUGGAGCGUUCGGACAGCCGGAGAAUGCAGUUCGAGGGAGUCCGAGGUUACAUGUCGCCGGAGUUCCGGGUCACGGGCGUCGCGACCCAGAAGUCCGACGUCUACUCCUUCGGGGUCGUGCUCUUGGAGUUGCUAUCAGGUGAAGAGCCAUUCAAGUAUAAAUACGAUAAGGAGAGCGGAGACUUCGUGAGGACUUCCAUCGUCGAGACCGCGAGGGCGGCAGUCGACGGCUGGGACGGAGGAGGAGGGGUGGAGGGGAGGCUGAGGAAGUGGAUGGACAGGCGGCUGAGGGACUCGUUCCCGGUGGAGGUGGCGGAGAAGCUGGUGCGGCUGGGGCUGGAGUGCGUGGAGGCGGAUCCGGACAGGAGACCGGACAUGAGCCGGGUCGAAGGGAAGAUGUCCAAAUUGUACAUGCAAUCCAAGAGCUGGUCGGACCGCAUCAAAGUGCCCACCAACAUAUCGGUUUCGUUAGGACCCAGAUGAGGAGGGCCAUGACCGGAGGAGGAGAAGAACGUGAAUUACAUGGCCAGGAGAUACUGGAACUCGUGGUCGUACGGUAUCUUCUGGACCGAGAUCGGCGCCGCCUUGCCCCCGUUGCGGCGCUGGAAGCAGUCCACGAUG